AAUAUAAUUGGACUACCUCCCAUGGUCGACCUUCAUUUCUUCAAUCGCCAUGAUCAAGCUCAAUCUGCCCUUUCAUGCCUACCGCCAUAACAAACCACCCACCAAGAUUUCGACCCCAAACAAUCGGAGUUGGAGGCUUCUAAAAAGGGAUCGAUCGUUUCCACUUACAUCGAUGGCAACCACUACUAAACCGAUGAAAAAGACGAGCUCACUACAUCAAAAAUGGAAGGGGACAAAGGAUCAAAACGACUUCUCCAGCCUGCUAGAACCGAUGGAUCCCCUCUUAAAAUCUGAGGUCAUCCGUUAUGGAGAAAUGGCUCAAGCAUGUUACGAAUCUUUUGAUAACGACCCCUACUCAAAGUAUUGUGGUAGUUGUAAGGUGCCACCGAAGAACUUUUUCCAAGACCUCGGAAUGAAUGACUUCGGAUACGAUAUCACAAGCUAUAUCUAUUCAAGCAACACGAGUAAUCUCGUUCCCAAAUUCUUCACAAAGUCGAUCCAUUCAGAUGGGCCAUGGAGCCCUUCGGUGAACUGGAUUGGUUAUGUUGCAGUCUCGGACGAUGAAACCACCGCCCGGUUGGGGAGGCGGGACAUCGCCAUAGCAUGGCGGGGCACCGUCACAAAGUUGGAAUGGUAUGAGGAUCUUAUGAACUUCCUGAAACCCGUUUCAGCUCAAAAACUAGCGAGUAGAGACCCAAAGAUCAAAGUGAUGGCUGGGUUUUUGCAUAUCUAUACGGAUAAAGAUCAAAGCUGCAUGUAUUCAGAGUUCUCUGCGCGUGAACAGCUUUUGGCCGAAUUAGCAAGAUUAACAAUGAUCUACGGGGAAAAAAAGGAGGAAAUCAGCAUAACUAUAACGGGUCAUAGCUUGGGUAGUGCUUUGGCGAUUUUAAGUGCUUAUGACAUAGCAGAAUCCGGAUUGGAUAUACUUGACAACAUGCACGACAUACCCAUAUCCGUAAUGUCAUUUUCAGGUCCGAGGGUGGGUAACACAAGGUUUCAAAAUAGACUCGAACUCCUCGGAGUAAAAGUAUUGAGAGUCUUCAAUGUCCAUGAUAAGGUUCCUAAUGUGCCAGGUUUUUUUCUUAACGAAUACACAUCAUCAUUAGCUCGACAUAUUUUUGAUUGGACGACUUGGUUCUACUCGCAUGUGGGGGAGGAACUUGCUUUGGAUCACACAAAAUCUCCUUUCGUGAAGACAAAAUUAGACUUACCUUCAAAGCAUAACUUGGAGCUUCUCUUGCAUCUAGUAGACGGAUACCAUGGUAAAGGGACAGAAUUUUGUCUUUCGAGUGGAAGGGACAAAGCAUUGUUGAACAGAGAUGGUGAUAUUUUGAAAGGGGAGUAUUUGAUACCACCCAAGUGGUUUCAAGUUGAAAACAAAGGGCUUCGGAAAAAACCAAAUGGUAAAUGGGAAUUACCGGAACAAAAGGGCAUUGAGGAUCAUUUACGACCUGAAGAUGUUGAACUUCAUCUUCGAAAGUUAGGUCUAAAGGUUUGAUAUUAGGAAUGGCAAUGGGGCGGGUUCGGGGCGGGGCAUGGAUUCCCAAACCCGCCCCGAUAACUUUCGGGUAUCUUAUCGGGGCGCCCCAUUGGGUUUCGGGUUUCCCCAUCGGGUUUCGGGUAUCUUAUCGGGUUUACAACAAUUGAUAACGAAAUCUUUAUUCUCUUUUA